UAGUGGGAGGAGCCUGUGGUUUGCUCACAGGUGGCAACACAUGAAACUGAUGAGAUGAGCGACAAACUGCAGUCACUUCUUCACACACCUGUUAGUGUCUCUGUCCAGGACUGUAUAAUGUGCUCUCCUCUACAAAACGCCGUAGGUGACCUGAUCAAGGUUUUCCAUAGCUACUCGGGAAAAGAAGGUGACAAGUAUAAACUGAACAAGAAGGAGUUAAAGAUUAUGUUGCAGCAAGAACUUCCUGAUUUCCUAAAUGGCACCAAUGAUUCUUUCCUGGUUGAGAAGAUCUUGUACGAUCUGGAUGACAACAAAGAUGGUGAAGUUGACUUCCAGGAGUUCGUCACUCUAGUCUCUGCUCUGGCUGUAGCUUCUAACAAAUUCUUUGAAGAUUACGUUAAAGAGGAGGAGCGUGGAAACGAUGAGGGUCAUUAGUAAUGUGGGGGUGGCUACAAAAAUGAAACUCACUGCAGAAUCUACAGUAAACAAGACUCUGUUCAUCAUUUUGCAACACAGCACUUUAUAUUUUGUAAAAUAAAAGCAACCAUUGUUAUAUCCCUCCAAGUUCUCAUAAAUAAAACUCUUUCUUGAAACUA